GCGCAUUAUCGGAAGUCGUGGGCGGGGCGGGCCUGUGCUGCUGCAGGGUUGGGUGAUAUGGCGACUGAGGGAGACGUGGAGUUGGAGUUGGAGACCGAGACCAGUGGUCCGGAGCGGCCUCCUGAAAAGCCACGAAAGCAUGACAGUGGUGCAGCAGACCUGGAGAGAGUCACCGACUAUGCGGAAGAGAAGGAGAUCCAAAGUUCCAAUCUGGAGACGGCCAUGUCCGUGAUUGGAGACAGACGUUCCCGGGAGCAGAAAGCCAAGCAAGAGCGGGAGAAGGAACUGGCAAAAGUCACCAUCAAGAAGGAAGAUCUGGAGCUCAUAAUGACAGAGAUGGAGAUUUCAAGAGCAGCAGCAGAACGGAGCUUGAGGGAACACAUGGGCAACGUGGUAGAGGCUCUUAUUGCUCUAACCAACUGAUUUGUGCUUUCUUAGACCUGUCUACUGGAUUAAUUUAUUGCAAUAAAGAUGUCUUUUUUUGCAGUUUUA